UUCACCUCUCCACUUAUAUAGAACCACCAACCAGACUCGCCAUCCCCAACCCCUUGCCACCGCUGCCUCCUGGCCGGGCGGCUCUUCAUGCUGCCACGGCUCAGGCAAUCCCAUACAUUGUCUAGUUUGAAUUUCGGGGAAGGACAUUCGAAUCGAACUGCUCAAAAAAUCAGACGGAGAGAAUUUAUACGACGUGCCCCAAACCCCUGAAGGUACGUACUCAAAGCCGCAGGAGAUAUGAAUAAAGACGAGCCUCAAGAAAGCCCCAUUGUUUUAUCGUCAUCAUAUUCAUCGCCAUCCUUGUCGUCCCCAAGCGAAUCGGAUGUGGAAGAGCUACAACCGAUGCCAUUUGGCCCGGCUAAGAAGAAUAGCCGCAGGUGCCUAUCCAAACAGCUUUCGAUGUGCGAGACCCCACGGGACAUUGCAUGGGAGAAGCGGAGGCGGCAGAUCCUUCACCAAGAAAGGAAGAAGAACGGAAUUAACGACUCCGAUGAUAUCACCGACGAGGAUUUGAAUGAGCUCAAAGGGUGCAUAGAUCUAGGGUUUGGGUUCAAAGAGGAGGAGGGUGUACAAGAGUUGUGCAACACUUUGCCGGCCCUCGACAUUUACUUCGCUGUGAACAGGCAGUUGUCACCGAGCCCGGUAUCAACACCGCAGAGCAAUGGAUCAUCACUGUCAUUUUCGAUGUCGUCGUCCUCGCUUGGUGGAGGAUCUUCAUCCUAUGGCAGUCCUAGGAGCGAUUCCGACACAUGGAAGAUUUGUUGUCCAGGUAAGUUUUAAAUGCAUACGUAGAAAAUGUGUGAAGACAAUCUCAGCCUCUCAAAUGGGCUGACGGUGCUCAGCAAAUGAAUUGCUUUUAAAGAAUUUCCUCUCGUGGUAAAAGCUGAUUGUACAUCCUCUAUGCAUCAAACCGCUCAUUUGUUCUAAUAAUUUUGUUCUUCUUUGCUCUUGGCGAUUGACAUCUGUUUUGUAGGAGACAGUCCUCAGCAAGUGAAAACCAAGUUGAGGCAUUGGGCUCAAGCUGUGGCAUGUUCCGUGAGGCUGCAGAAGGAUGGCCUGUUGUAAUUGCAAAAGCAGGAAAAGAGGGAGAGUGGUUUGGUUAAAUCAGGGUCUUCCCUUCCCAUUGAUCUUUCUGAUAGCCUAAUAGACAAAAAAAGAAAAAGAAAAA